CUUAGCCGAGCGCGAGCCUCUCUCCCUCCAUGUUUUACUCUCCAGCAAACUGCUACGUCGGAAUUUAAACCUUUUCCAGGUGUUUGGUGUAAAGGAUGUUUAUCUGAAAGAACAAGGUUCGGACCAGUUGUUGGACAAACUGUUACUAUGACAACACAGGAAUAUGAGGAACAAGUUCAUGGAUUUCAACCCUUCCUGCUUAGUAAAGCUGAGACAGAUGAUGAUUUACAAGCUAAGGGAGAUAAUCAGGUAGAAGUGUUACAGAUGAAGAACGAGAGUGUGUGUAACUGGACAAUGUUUAUACGAUUUGCUCCGUCUUUACUCGAACAAAACUGUACACUAUAUAGAGAUCAGAACAUGUUCUUUAUAGUGACUAAAACUGAAAUCAAAGAAGAAGAGUUACUUAUGUGGUUCUCAGCGGAGAUUUGUUAUCAGUUAGGAAUUUCUCAAAACCCUGGCAAUAUUAAAUUCAAUCAGUGUGAGGAAUGUGGUCUCUAUUUUCUUGUCAAACGAUUGCUCCAUUCUCAUCUUAAAGUGGCACAUCCAGAAAAAUAUAAUUUCAACUUUACAUGUUAUGUGUGUGGUAAAAAAUUCAAAUCAAAAGGAAAGUUGAACGGACACAUGGCAAUACAUAUGUUUGUGAAGCCACAUAGCUGUCCGUACUGUAAGAAACAGUUCUCUGAUUCCAGUAACCUGAAAACACACAUGCAUAUUCAUACAGGGGAGAAACAGUACAAAUGUGAGGAGUGCGGCAAAGCGUUCAGACAAAAAGCCCAUCUUAACAAUCAUUUAGUUGUUCACACUGGUGAUAAAAACUUUAAAUGUGAAUAUUGUGAUAAAGUAUUUGGUCGUAGAUCUGACUUAAAAACACACACAUAUGUGCAUACUAAAGAGGUAUCCUAUCCAUGUGAAGUGUGCGGAAAAACGUUUCAUAAGACACAGAAUCUCAAAAAACACCUAAAAGUUCAUUCGGGUGAGCGAAAUUAUAUGUGCAAUAAAUGUUUUAAAGGGUUUCAAACCAAAUACCAUAGAGACCGGCAUCUAAAGAUCUGUAGAGAAAAGAACGGGAAAGAAUCAUCGUACCUUAGUUUAGCUGAGGUGGUUAAGUUAGACAAUGAUGAAAUGGUUCCUUUACAAACUGUCAGUGAAGAUCAUGAAAUUUAAGCAAUCGUUUUGUAACUUACAAUGUAAUAUGUGUUUAGAUCUGGUGUUGUGAAACUCACUUAUCUUGAGACUGAAUAUCAAAUAUUUAUUCAAAUGAAAUAUUGAUUCAAAGCUGCACAUCUUCAAUUAUAUAAACAGUUAUGAAAAUUUAAAAGGGAGAUAAACUUUGACAAAAGUUUAAGAAAUGUUUAAAUUUUCAUAAUCUAUUAAAGCUUCAUUUUGAGCUAAUUAAUUUAUAUACAGUAGUGAAAUUUCUGUGGGUUGUGUAGAUUAUUUAUUAUACAUGCAAAUUAGAAUAUAAAGUCAAAAACAUCUAUGGUGAAAGAUAAAAACAAUUGACUUCUUGACUUGUACUUAAACAUUUGAUAUUUAUACUUGCUUUGAAGUAUCUAAUGCCACUUUAAUCUGUUUGAAUAUUUUUUCAGAUUUUAUGAAAUUUAUUAAGUUAUAAAUAUAUCUCAAUGUCUUAGGCUACCUUCAAUUACUUUUCUUGCACUCUUCUUAAAUUUUUAUAAAAAUUUGCAUAAAUCUAGUGGUGUGUUGCUCUAACAAUCUAUUACAAAUCUUGUUAAAAGCCAGUUUUUCAUAUUGUUAUAAAAAUGUUACAACUGUGCAAUGAUGAGAUUUGAUGUUGCGUUUUUAUCUAAGAAUACAAGAAUGUAUUUGACGACUGAUGGUCCCAUCCUUAACAUUUAGUGCUGACACUGAAGGGUAGAUCUUAAAAUCUUCAUUUUCUUAUAAACAAUACAUGUAAUUAACAAGUAUAAAUUCUUAUCAUUUCAAAUGGAGGUCACAAUGUCAUAGCUUUUAAAUGUAUUUUUUGAUAUCUCAAAAAGAAAUCUCUGUUUUGUAAUGAUCAUCAAUGAUGAUCAAUUUAUAAUUACUUAGUAACCUUUUUAUUAUUUUAUAUCUAGGAAUGGCAAGAUCUGUUAAUGUGGUUAAUCAGUUAGGAAAUAUACACUG